GAAAGUCCUGAGUGACAGUUAUAUUAAUUCUACCAUAAGAAGCUUGUAGCCACCUGCUUUUGACCUACUUUCAAAUAAGCUGUACUGUUUCUGAGUGGAAAUACUUGUAACACAUUCUAUAUGAUAAUGAACUACUGAUGCAUUCCAUUCUUAUAUCUUGUAGGCAUUCUCUUCUCACUCUCCUCAGAUAUGGAAACUGUGACUUCUAAAUAUAUUCUAUAGAAUGACGUGGUGAAUAACAAUACGCUAGACCUCUGGGAAGGCACAUAAUACAAAUGUUAUUGAUGUACAACAGGAUCUUUUAGAGUCGAUGUCACAAGCCUAUCAUGUUAUCUAAGUACCACUACAAGAAUAUUGUGUAGUGAGAUGGUACUUUUCUAAUAAAGAUGACCUUUUCUGAUUCUCUUGUGUUACAGAUAUUCAAGCAUGAAUUCUUUUUCAUUUUCAAGAAAUAUUUUUAUUGAAAAGAAUUUUUAUGCAACAUAUUAUGGUCAUUUUUCCCUUCCUUAUUUCCUCUUAGAUACCCCCAAUCCCAUUGCCCACUUAAAUUCAUUUUUGUUCUUUCUCAAAAAGUUAAAAAAGAAAUAAAAACCCAACCAUAACAAAAAACUGUCAGGGGUCUGUCUAUCUCCUAGUCCCUCAUUCUGAUCCUAGGCUACCCCAUAACUAACAUUCUUGCAGUUCAUACUUCAGACAAUUGCAUACAUGAAGCCAUCCACCAUGGCAUCCCUAUGGCUGUCAUUCCUUUGUGGAACAAUGUGAUAAUGUUGCCAACAUUGUGGCAGAAGGAGUAACUGUAGGAUUGGAUAUCAGAGCACUUUCCAGGAUAGAUGAUCUCACUGCAGUUAAAUUAUUCGUUAACAAUACUUUACAUGCAGUGAAGGAAGAAAACACACUGUGAACAGAAGGACAUUGAUUUCCAAGAUGCCUGUGAAAUGGAUUUCUGCCCUGAUCCUGCUGCAGAUGGGUUGCUGCUUCAGAUCUACGAGCUGUGGGAAGGUGUUGGUGUGGCCGAUGGAAUUCAGUCACUGGAUGAAUUUAAAGAUAAUACUGGAUGAACUUGUACAGAGAGGCCAUGAAGUCACUGUUCUGAGACCUUCAGCUUCCAUCUUUGUUGAUCCCAAAAAGUCGCCUGGCCUUAAGUUUGAAACUGUUCCUACAGCUCUCAGUAGAGAGGAUCUGGAAAAAUUUUUCACUGUGUUUGUGGAUGUGUGGACUUAUGAGGUCCCAAAAGAUACAUGCUUAUCAUAUUCUCCUAUACUUCAAAAAGUGUUUGAUGAAUAUUCUGAAUGUUGUCUAAGUCUUUGUAAGGAUGUUGUUUCAAACAAACAGCUCAUGACAAAACUAAAGGAAUCCAAGUUUGAUGUCCUUUUCUUAGAUGCCAUUGCUUCCUGUGGGGAGCUGAUAGCUGAACUGCUCCAGAUUCCUUUUCUGUACAGUCUUCGCUUCUCUCCAGGCUACACAAUGGAAAAAUACAGUGGAGGACUUACACUCCCUCCCUCUUAUGUACCUGUGAUUUUAUCAGGAUUAGGCGGCCAAAUGACAUUCACAGAGAGGGUAAAAAAUAUGAUAUGUAUGCUUUAUUUUGACUUUUGGUUCCAGACAUUUACAGAGAAGAAAUGGGAUCAGUUUUACAGUGAAACCUUGGGAAGGCCAACCACCUUAGCUGAGACCAUGGGCAAAGCAGAAAUGUGGUUCAUUAGAUCUUACUGGGAUUUGGAGUUUCCUCACCCAACCUUACCAAAUGUUGAGUAUGUUGGAGGACUCCACUGCAAACCUGCUAAACCCUUGCCUAAGGAAAUGGAAGACUUUGUCCAGAGCUCUGGAGAACAUGGAGUGGUUGUGUUUUCUCUGGGGUCAAUGGUCAGGAACAUGACUGAAGAACGGGCCAACGCAAUUGCAUGGGCCCUUGCCCAGAUUCCACAGAAGGUUCUUUGGCGAUUUGAUGGCCAAAACCCAGCUUCCUUAGGACCCAAUACAAGAAUCUACAAGUGGCUUCCCCAGAAUGACCUUCUUGGUCAUCCAAAAACCAAAGCCUUUGUAACUCAUGGUGGAGCCAAUGGCCUCUAUGAGGCGAUCCAUCAUGGAAUUCCUAUGAUUGGCAUUCCUUUGUUUGGAGAACAGCAUGAUAACAUUGCCCAGAUGGUGGCCAAAGGAGCAGCUGUUGCAUUAAAUAUCAGAACCUUGUCAAGCUCAGAUUUGCUCAAUGCACUGAAAGAAGUCAUUGACAAUCCUUUCUAUAAAGAGAAUGCUAUGUGGUUAUCAACCAUUCACCGUGACCAGCCUAUGAAGCCCCUGGAAAGGGUUAUCUUCUGGAUUGAGUUUGUCAUGCGCCACAAAGGAGCCAAGCACCUGAGACCACUUGCAUACAACCUCACCUGGUACCAGUAUCACUCUCUGGAUGUGAUUGGAUUCCUACUAGCCUGUGUGGUGGCCACUGCAGUUAUUUCUAUAAAGUGUUGCUUGAUUGCUUGUCAAUUCUUUGUGAAGAAGGAAAAGAAAAUGAAGAAAAAUUAGAGCUCAUUGACAAUGCAGUUUUUAAAUAAAAUUUCAGCAUCAUUCUAGUUUAUAAACUACAUUCUGAAUAAACACUCAUUGAUUGCUUUACCAA